GAGGGGCUCUGAGAGGACGUCCUGCCAGGGUGAACACCGCGGCAGAAGAGCACGAGAGACUGUGAAGAGCAUGGGGAGCCUUUGUCGUGCAGCGUGAAACCCUUGAGCCUUUGGCCUAGGAGCUGGGAGACUCAGAGCCCUUCCCACACUUGGAAUUGGAGCAAGUCCUUCUAGACAGUCCCAGCACCAUGAGCCUUGAAAGGUCCCAAGAGGAGAGCCCAGAAGAAGACACAGAGAGAACAGAGCGGAAGCCCACGGUCAAAGAUGCCUUCAAAGACAUUUCCAUAUACUUCACCAAGGAAGAAUGGGCAGAGAUGGGAGACUGGGAGAAAACUCGCUAUAGGAAUGUGAAAAGGAACUAUAAUGCACUGAUUACUAUAGGUCUCAGAGCCACUCGACCAGCUUUCAUGUGUCACCGAAGGCAGGCCAUCAAACUCCAGGUGGAUGACACAGAAGAUUCUGAUGAAGAAUGGACACCUAGGCAGCAAGUUAAACCUCCUUGGAUGGCCGUAAGAGUGGAACAGAGUAAACACCAGAAGGGAAUGCCCAAGGCAUCACUCAAUAAUGAAUCUAGUUUGAAAGAAGUGUCAGGAACAGCAAAUUUACUGAAUACAAGUGGCUCAGAGCAGGCUCAGAAACCAGUGUCCCCUCCUGGAGAAGCAAGGACCUCUGGACGGCACUCUAGACUAAAACUGGAACUCAGGAAGAAGGAGACUGAAGGAAAGAUGUAUAGCCUGCGAGAAAGGAAGGGUCAUGCAUACAAAGAGGUCAGCGAGCCACAGGAUGAUGACUACCUCUAUUGUGAGAUGUGUCAGAACUUCUUCAUUGACAGUUGUGUUGCUCAUGGGCCCCCUAUAUUUGUAAAGGACAGUGGAGUGGACAAGGGGCAUCCCAACCGUUCAGCCCUAAGUCUGCCCCCGGGGCUGAGAAUUGGGCCAUCAGGCAUCCCUCAGGCUGGGCUUGGAGUAUGGAACGAGGCAUCUGAUCUGCCACUGGGUCUGCACUUCGGCCCCUAUGAGGGCCGAAUUACAGAGGAUGAAGAGGCAGCCAACAAUGGAUACUCCUGGCUGAUCACCAAGGGGAGAAACUGCUAUGAGUAUGUGGAUGGAAAAGAUAAAUCCUGGGCCAACUGGAUGAGAACCAAAGCCAGAGAUCCAUCCAUGUCCCUCAUGCUGUCUGGCCUUUUCAAGUCAGAAAUUUCUCAGUCAACAUGUGAAACGCAAUCACUCCACUCAGAACUUCCCAGGACCAGCUGCAAGAAAACUCCUCCAACCAGAGAAUCUCUGCUCAGGGGAUCCGAAUCAGGAGCAGCAAUAUUCUGA